AUGAAGCGUUACACAAAAUCGUUCGACGUGACAGAGCCCUGCCCCAAAUCCUGGUCUGCAAACGAAGCCCCCUUGGACGUGUGUACCACAAUAGUUCCAGUGCCAAAACAGAAUGUACACCUCUUCGACGGGGACGGCGGGGAGAUUUUUGUCGGGGAAGACGACGAGGAGCUUCUGAAAGAAAUGUGCACCCACCCGCAAACCAUCCGUUUCAGAUUUCCAUUAUGUGAUGCGCCCGAGAUUCGAACGGCAUUCAAGUUUAAAAAACGCCGCGGUGACCUGUUUACGAGCGUGGGCACAGUCGAAGUUGGCAUGGAGGCAAUGAGAAUGGCGCGGAAACUCCUUUUCGAAGCAACAAGCACCAACCUGCUCGUCAGAACACACGAAAAAGGAGGGGACCAAGGCGUCACGCCCGUGGUCGAAAUCGAUUCCCCUCGUUAUGGGCGUGUCUUGUGCGAACUGCUUGUUGAGAGAGACGUGGACACAGACGAGGGACAAUUUGUUUUUUUUUCAGCGUUGUUGGCUGAAGAAGGCUACAUGUUCCCAAGUUUCAAGUACGGUAUCGAAGAUCGUAUUAAAUCCGGCAUGGACAAUGCCAGAAAGCAUGGUAAAGGAAUGUUUCGACUCCCAGACGAGACCAGGCAGCAGGGAUUUUUGCCUUGGGACAUAAAAGACGGGCAGACUGCCAGCGAACCGAUUCUGAUCCGAAAUGUCAACAUCAACCAACCCGAGGCCCUCUGGUUCGGCAAAGCAGGCACAGACUCGACAGCGGACAGCAACGACAGAUACUACGUUGAACUCGCUGAAUCGAAGGAGUGGCUCGAGGCCAGCUGCUUCGUGAAAGAGAGCACUAUCCCGGGCGCCGGACUGGGAUUAUUUCUAAAACCACAUCCACCCAUACCGAAAGGUCAGUUUGUCUGCCUCUAUGCCACUCGUUCCACAACGCAGGAGGCUAUGGAUGCCACCGGUAGCUCAAGGGAUUAUGCCAUCCUAACAGGAAAGGCAAAACUUUGGUUCGAUGCCGAAAAGCAGGACGGUGUGUGCCUUGGAAGGUUUGCCAACCAAUUGCAUGUGCGCGAGUCGUUGGCGGAAGUUCGUGAGCGCAGUCGAAAGAGCAUAUUUCCCGAAAUGCGAGAGGAAGACUGGAAGAAAAUCAACGAUGCUGAUGCCCAAAGAGCAACUUUGGUGUACGAGCAAAGGAAGGAACAGCUUGUCCUCGUCACAGCAAAAGACAUCCCAAGAGCGGCGGAGUCCCACGAGUUAUUUGCCCACUACGGCGACCUGCGUGAAUACUGGCUUCCGCUUAUACGUCGCAAGCCGGACAGCUUCCCAGAAGAUAUGACCAGCAUUGUCAGCUGGUUAAUGGACUCGGAAGAGACCAAUUGGUCACAACAGCAAAAGCAGAACUGGUUUGGUCUACACAAUAAUUAA